AUGCGUCUUUUUUUCACCAAUGACAGGCGACCGCCCAGCAUCCGCGCCACCCCUGGCCAUCGUCCACUCGCUGUUCGUAGUGAUGGGUACCAAGGCUCAAGACCACCUAAUAUCGACUGUGAUGAAAGCUGGAGAACUCCCCGACUUAAUUCUCUCAAUUCUUGUUGUACUGGCCUUCCAAUUAAUACAGUUGUUACCAGAUGUACACGACGCAAGCGACAAGUAGCCCAGGUGCAUAAAGGUACGAGCAUGACAGCUCCUCGGCAACGGCUACGGUCAGCUCAUCGGCCUCUACGGCCUCAAGUGACAUCAUGCGUCGACAAACUAAAUCCGAGCACGGGAGUUUCGGACUGUCCGGCUCGCGCCAGUCUAUGCAAUGAUGCCACUUAUUAUUCCGUAAUGACCGAGCAAUGUCCGCUAACAUGUGGAAGAUGUUCCGGCUCCUCAACGAACACUACAACGUGCGUGGACAAGGUCAACCCGUCAACUGGCGUAUCGGACUGUCCAGCCUUGGCAUAUCUCUGCAACAAUGCCGCCUAUACGACCCUGAUGACAGCCCAGUGUCCCAGAACCUGCAAUAGAUGCUCGAGCACGAACACAACAGUAACAACAUCCCCUACCAACUCGACAACGUGUGUUGAUCUGACGAACCCAUCUACCGGAGUGUCUGACUGCCCACAGCGCGUCGCUUUGUGCACUGACAGCAACUACAUUACCCUAAUGAGGGUAAGUUACUGUUGCGCUUUACGGGUGUGUCACGAGUCAGCACUGGAGCUGAUCCUACGUCGGCAGUUCACCUUUCGGUAA